UGAUUAUAUACCUCGGUAAAUAUUGUACUGAUAAGCUUUCCUGUUUUUGGAUCACCACCUGAAACAGUUUUUUUAAACUAUUUUAGCCAAGUAAAAGGAAUGGGCCGAUCAAAGUGUAAUAAAAGUUUUCUUGAAGAUUUAGAAAAAAAUAUAGAAAAAGUUCAAUUAGCAAUAAUUUGGAAGAAGAUUUGUCAUCUGAAAUUGAUAAAAAUAAUUUAUUUAAAAAUAAUCUUCAAGUAAAAUCUGAGAAGACAAAUAAAAGAAAAAGAAAUCAACUACCAUGACAAGAAAAUUUAAAGAUUAUAGUUUUACCUGCACAAUUGACAAACAUUUUAAUAUGUCAGAAGAGAAUCUUUUAUCAACUGAUAACAAUUUAGAUUAUAAAGAGUUGGAUGAGAAUUUAUUUAAUUUGGGAAAUGAAUAUGCUUUUGCUCAUUGCGUUGCUGAAGAUUUACAAAUGGGAGCUGGUAUCGCUGUUGAAUUUAAACGAUGCUAUGGAUGCGUGGGCAAACUCUUUGAUCAAAAUUUGAAAGUGGGUGAUGUAGGUGUUUUAAAUCAUAAUAAUCAAUUCAUAUUUUAUUUAAUAACCAAAAAAUAUAGCAAUGGGAAACCUACAAUUUAUACUUUAAAACAAACACUAUUUAAGUUACUUAAAAAAAUCAAAGAAAAUAAUUUAACAAAAUUGGGUAUUCCAAAAAUUGGAUGUGGUUUGGAUGGAUUAAAUUGGUCUGAUGUAGAAAAUUUUAUUAAAGACUUAUUUUGUGGCACUGGUGUUCAAAUUACAGUUUGUGUGCCAUCUCCGUCUAAGAUUACUAAUUUUAAUAUGUCACAAAAAGCAUUAAGUAUCUAUACAACUCCCAAAAAUUUAUGGGAAAUGGAAGAAGAAACAGAUAUUAUAUUAUUUUUGAAGAAAGAAAAUUUAAAAUUUCACAAAUUUGAUAGUACUUCAGAUAAAAUAGAUGCUAAAUAUCCCUUUAAAAAUAAGUUAUUGAGAGAUAUUAGUUUUCAAAACGAGUCUUAUGUUUUUCAAUACACAAUUGCUAAUGAAAAAAUAUUAUGCAUUCUCGAACGUUCUCAAGAUUGCUAUGAUACUAUUGAAAAAAUAUUUAGACAGUUAAUAAAAGAAGUGAUUUAUAAAAGGGACUAUAGAUAUUAUGCUUUACAAUUUGAAGAUCCUAAAAAAAUUACAAAAAUAAUUGAAAUUAUAAGAUCUGUGUAUCGUUUUGGCACAUCUGAACUAUGGUUGUGUGGAAUUGAAGAUUAUCCUGUAAAAACAUAUUAUGAUAUAUUGUGUAGAAAUUUAAGGCAAAACAAUUUUUCUUAAAACAAAUCAUAUAACAUAUAGUAAAAGUGGUGAAACUAGCCUCUGACUAAUACAAUUUUGAAUGCUUGGUAUGAUUAUUAAUCAUUUACAUUAAUUUUUGUAUAAUUUAAACAAGAAAAAUGAUUAAUACAAUUGAAUUAAUAAAAUUCUUGAUGGAUUGAUGUAAAUUUGUUUCACUUUGAAAAUUAACUGAUUUUUUUCUUUUAAAUUAUUAAUAUUAUUGGAAGUACACAAUCUUCGUUUUUUUUAUGUUUUUUAUUGUUUAAAACUAGAUAAUAUUGACUUGU